ACGCCGUUAACCUCAACAUUUCUCCGAACUUACCAGUCAAACCAUACUAACGCCGUCAAAAAGCUCCAGGCUUGAGGCUCCCUCUCUUCAUUCUCAAGCUCUUUCAUGCUUAUUUUAAAAAGACGAAUAAAACAAAUCUUUUUCUCUAUCUAAAUUCGUUGCCAUUUGAUUGUCCAUUCAACUCGCCGGCAUUUCUAAACAUUUGUAGUUACAAAGUGCUUUGAAUCGCACAAUCGUUAAAGCUCUCAGCAAUGGAAUCUUCACAGCAUCAAAGGAGAGGAGGAGGAUUUGUGUCGCUAUCUCCAUCACAAACGCCACGUUCAAACGAUAAACCGGUGCGAGAUCUGCGAUCGGGUGAUUCCAAUUCAAGCUCCAAACAUGAUAAGGAUAAGGGCGUUAAUGUUCAGGUCAUUUUACGUUGCAGGCCGUUGAGUGCAGAAGAAACGAGAAUACAUACACCAGUGGUGAUAUCGUGUAAUGAAAGUAGACGAGAAGUUUGUGCUGUACAGAAUAUUGCUAAUAAGCAAAUUGACAGGACCUUUCUUUUUGACAAGGUCUUUGGUCCAUCGUCUCAGCAAAAGGAGUUAUUUGAAUUGGCUGUCUCUCCAAUUGUGAACGAAGUUCUCGAGGGUUAUAAUUGCACUAUCUUUGCAUAUGGUCAGACGGGAACUGGAAAGACGUACACAAUGGAAGGAGGGGCAAGGAAAAAGAACGGGGAAUUUCCAAGUGACGCUGGUGUUAUUCCCAGAGCUGUUAAACAAAUUUUUGAUAUAUUAGAAGCUCAAAGUGCUGAAUAUAGUAUGAAAGUUACAUUUCUAGAGCUUUACAAUGAGGAAAUAACAGAUCUUUUGGCACCAGAGGAAACUACAAAAUUCGUUGAUGAUAAAUCUAAGAAACCCAUUGCCCUUAUGGAAGAUGGAAAAGGGGGAGUUUUUGUCAGAGGCUUGGAAGAAGAACUAGUAACUACUGCUAAUGAAAUUUACAAAAUCUUGGAAAAAGGUUCUGCUAAACGGCGUACGGCUGAGACUCUACUUAACAAACAAAGUAGUCGAUCUCAUUCUAUAUUUUCUAUUACAAUCCACAUAAAGGAGUGCACUCCAGAGGGGGAAGAGAUGAUUAAAUGUGGAAAACUAAAUCUUGUUGACCUUGCUGGUUCUGAGAAUAUUUCACGAUCUGGGGCGCGAGAGGGCAGAGCAAGGGAAGCUGGAGAGAUUAAUAAAAGCUUGCUCACUCUUGGUCGUGUUAUCAAUGCUCUCGUUGAGCACUCAGGUCAUGUUCCAUAUAGAGAUAGCAAACUAACAAGACUGCUGAGGGAUUCAUUGGGAGGGAAAACCAAAACAUGUAUAAUUGCCACAGUCUCACCAUCCAUCCAUUGUCUGGAAGAAACACUCAGCACUCUAGAUUAUGCUCAUCGUGCCAAGAAUAUCAAGAACAAACCAGAGAUUAACCAGAAGAUGAUGAAAUCUGCUUUAAUAAAAGAUCUAUAUUCUGAAAUUGAUCGGCUAAGGCAAGAGGUGUAUGCUGCAAGAGAAAAAAAUGGGAUUUAUAUUCCACGAGAUCGCUAUCUCCAUGACGAAGCAGAAAAGAAGGCUAUGGCUGAAAAAAUAGAGCGCAUGGAACUUGUGUCAGAAUCUAAGGAGAAGCAAAUUACUGAGCUUCAGGAACUCUACAAUUCACAGCAGAUGUUGACUGCAGAUUUAAGUGAGAAACUUGGAAAGACAGAGAAAAAACUGGAGGAAACUGAAAAUGCGUUGUUUGAUCUUGAAGAUAAACAUAGACAAGCAAAUGCAACUAUUAAAGAGAAGGAAUUUUUAAUAUCUAAUCUCCUUAAAUCUGAGAAAGCACUUGUUGAGCGUGCUUUUGAACUCCGAGAAGAGCUUGAAAACGCUGCUUCAGACGUCUCAGAUUUGUUUGCCAAGAUCGAAAGGAAGGAUAAAAUUGAGGAUGGAAAUAAAGCACUUAUCCAGAAGUUCCAGUCCCAGUUGACCCAGCAGCUUGAAAUUUUGCAUAAGACGGUGGCAGCUUCUGUGACUCAACAAGAGCAGCAACUGAAAGACAUGGAGGAAGAUAUGCAGUCCUUUGUAUCAACAAAAUCAGAGGCUAUGGAAGAACUUCAAGGAAGGUUGGGGAAGUUGAAGAGCACAUAUGGUUCGGGAAUCAAAGCUUUGGACAGUAUAGCUUUAAAGCUUGAUGGGAACUCCAAGUCAACUUUUGGUGAUCUAAACUCUGAAGUUUCCAAGCACUCACAUGACCUGGAAGACCUCUUCAAAGGAAUUGCUUCCGAAGCUGAUGCAUUACUUAAUGACCUUCAAAGUAGUCUUUACAAGCAAGAAGAGAAGCUAACUGCAUUUGCACAACAGCAGCGUGAGGCACAUUCCAGGGCCGUAGAUAAUGCAAGGGCAAUUUCUAAAAUAGCAGUGAAUUUCUUUGCGACUUUAGACAUGCAUGCAUCCAAGCUGACCAAAAUCGUGGAAGAAGCACAAGCCGUAAAUGACAACAAGCUGUCGGAAUUUGAAAAGCAGUUUGAGGAAUGUGCUGCUUAUGAAGAGAAGCAGUUGCUACAAAAGGUUGCAGAGCUGCUAGCAGGUUCAAGUGCUAGGAAGAAAAAACUGGUCCAAAUGGCGGUCCAUGAUCUGCGGGAAAAUGCAUCGAGCAAAACCAGUGACCUACAGAAAGAAAUGUCUACCAUGCAAGAGUCCACUUCUGUUGUCAAAACAGAAUGGAAUGUUCACAUGGAAAGCACAGGAUCCCACUAUGUUGAAGAUACUUCUGCUGUAGAAUGUGGAAAGAAAGACAUGGAAGAUGUUCUUCAAAACUGUUUGAAGCAAGCAAAAAUGAGUGCUCAGCAGUGGAGGAAUGCUCAGGAAUCCCUUCUUAGCCUAGAAAAGAGAAAUGUCGAUUCUGUGGAUUCCAUCGUUAGUGGAGGGAUGGAAGCCAAUCGGAUAUUCCGUGAUCAAUUUUCUUCUGCUGUAUCCACUGCUCUUGAAGACGUAGACACAGCAAACAACAGUUGCCUAACAUCCAUCGAUCAUUCAUUACAACUUGACCGUGAUGCUUGUGGGAACUUGAAUUCCAUGAUAUCUCCUUGUUGUGACGAUUUGAGAGGCCUGAAAAGUGGUCACUACGACAAGAUUGUAGAAAUUACAGAGAAUGCUUCACAAUGCCUCGAGGAUGAAUACAUGGUGGACAAGCCGUCUUGUUCGACUCCAAGGAAGAGGUCAUUCAACCUUGCAAGUGUUUCAUCCAUUGACGAACUCAGAACUCCUCCAUUCGACGAGUUAUUGAAGUUGUUUUGGGAAGCAAAAUCUGCAAAACUAGCGAAUGGAGAUGUAAAACACAUGCUGGCAGCAUAUGAAGCAGCCCAGGCCUUGAAAGACUCCAGAGUUCCACUCACUGCUAUUAACUAAAAGUGAGAGAUGGAAAGGAACAAACAUAUUUAAGAAAACAAAGGCUUAGUAUAGUGUUAAGAACAAAAGGUGUGUACAGAUUCAGAACCAUUCCACUCUUUUUUUCUUUCUUGUAUUUCAUUAAUUGUUUGUUUGCUUGUUGGAUUCGGCAAAUUAUCACAUAUACAUACUAAAUCAGAGUUUCUUCUCUUCUUUUC